CUGAGAGCGGGAGGGACUAUUUGUCGGAGCGCAAGCAGCGCGGCAACACACAGAAGAGUGAGUCAACCCCCAACAAAUAGGGGAGCACAUUUGACCUGUUUGUAACUGUUUACGGGAUUAAACUGAAGACGACUUUUUUUUUGGUUGAAAAACAAAAACAAAACAAGAGUCGGACGCUCGAGUAGGAGUUUUUUUUUUCAUUAAAUCCCCGGCGUAUUUGGGAGCGAACGACGGCCGGACGGACCAUGGCGAGAGAAGGUGUCCGAAGUGGACAAGACUGCGUUAAAGUGAUGCUUUUGCUGCUCGCCUCGACUCUCGCACAACACGGGGCGUCAGGUCAGCAAGUGAAGGUGGAGCCGGAGGUGUUGUCAUAUCCGGGUCAGACGGUGAACCUGCGCUGUGCCUUCACGGACACCACAGGGAUCCAGCUCACGAUGGUCACGUGGAGCUACAAGGACAAAGAAGGAGAGAGUGUGAACAUCGCCGUGCUUCACCCGUCCCAUGGUCCAAACUACCCCGAGUCGCCUCUCAAGGGCAGGGUGCGCUUCACGCAGAACCCCCCCAAGAUGGCCAGCCCCUCCAUCCAGAUCGACGACGUCUACAUGACGGACGAGGGGAAGUACAUCUGCGACUUUGCUUCCUACCCGGGUGGCAGUAAGCAGGGCACCACGGAGCUGAUCAUGCUGUCCAAACCCCAGAACUCGGCCACCACCAUAACCGUGGAAGCGGCCACCAAGUCCAUGGUCGUGGCUCGCUGCGAGUCUCUCAACGGCCGCCCCGAAGCGCAGAUCCGCUGGGUUUCCGCCGCCAACGGCAACGACAGCACCACGUCCAAGCCGGGCACCGACAACACGGUGUCCAUCAGCAGCGAGUACCGCAUGGUUCCCACGGCGGAGGACAACGGUAAAGACAUCAGCUGCGUGGUGUCACAUCGGACCCAGGCCACGCCGGAGAGCUUCCAGAUGAAACUUAAAGUUCAAUUUGCGCCCCAGGUGACUAUAGUGGGUUAUGACAAUAAUUGGUACGUGGGUCGUACAAAUGUGCUGCUUACCUGCCAGGCUACUGGGAACCCGGUUCCGACAACCGUCCAAUGGAAGGCUAUGACAGGUGAGAUGCCGGAAACUGUCCAGAUCAAAGACAACCAGUUGAAGGUCCUCAAGGUGGACGAGAGCAUUAACACCACUUUUGUCUGCGAGGUCAAGAACCGCAUCGGCGUGGGCAGACACCAAAUCACGGCGUUGGUCAGAGAGCCUUCAGAGAACCCAUCCAAUGCCGGCGUGGUGGCGGGGGCCGUGAUCGGCUCCCUGCUGGCCCUGCUUUUGGUCGCCGCCCUGGUGGCCGUGCUGGUCACUCGUAGCCGCCGGCAGCAGCAGGGCUACCGCACCAACGACCUCAAGACGCGCAUUUUCGGCGGCGGCAAGAAGGCCAGCAAGAACGGCACGAGCGGGGGCGGCGUCGGCGGCGGCGUGGGCAACAACAACGGCCCCAUCUACGUGUACAACGACGGCUCGUCCCACCAGGGUCUCGGGGAGAAGAACAACCACGGGCCCCUGGGUGUCGGGGGGCAGCCCGAGGUGCUCUCCGGCGCGCCCACCGCCCAGGACAUCCUGCUCAGCAGCGAGCUGGACGACGCGGAGAGGAGAAAGUUCGACGAGCUGGAGGAAGAGGAGCGGUACGAUCACUUCACCGGGGGCGCCCCCAUCCUGCAGCUGCGCCCGCCCAACGACCAGGACGAUAUGAUCGGAGACUACCUGGAUGACGACAUGGAGUCCCAGCGGGAUGGUUCCGUCAUUUCUCGAACUGCUGUUUACGUAUAAAGCAGGAAGAGAAGAAGAAGGAGGAGGAGGAGGAGGAGACAAAAGGGAAAAAAAAAUGUCCUGCGGAUUUUUGUGGCUCUGGGUUGUCGUCCCUGUCGGCUGGAGAUGCGAGAAUGAAACCACUCUUUAUUUUUCAAAAAUGUAUUUUACAUAUAUGCUAUUAUUAAUCACGGUGUAGCCCCGGUGGGUUGGAGGAGGGUGUUUGUGGUAGGAAUCUUGGGAGUGGUGUGUCCGCUGUUUGCUUUUUCACACCGGCCCUGUAAAAACUACAACCGGAACAUUGGAACUUAAACCAUCACAUGGACGCUCAGUAAGAUCACAGAGAGGAACCACAGCAUUAGCGGCAUCCUGAUAGAAGCCGCAGAGGGCGUCUCUCGCUUCCUUCCGCGGUCUCUUAUCUUCUCCGUUCAAGUGGAGACGGGUUGUCAUGCCGAUGUUCGCCUGCUCUCUCGGGUCGCCUGUGGGAAACCUUUUUUUCCUUGAGUUGUGCUGUGGCGAGGGGCGGGAAGUUGGUAGCUAGUGAUGGGUGUGAAAGUCAAUUGAAGUAUGGCGUCCAACACCCGUUUAUUUCCCCAAGCUCCCAAAUCCCUGCUGGCAUCGUCUGUCACCGUUGCGUUGAUACGAAUUUUACUAAAAAUCCUUAGCUCGA